CUCAUGAGCUGUAUACCUUAAGUCCCCUUCAUUUUGAUUAUUCGAAUUUUUUUCUUAAUGAUUGUUGUGCAUACUAAAGUCUGGUUCUUCACCAUUUCUCCUUUGUCAAUUGCCCACCAUGCCUUUCAUCGAGUGCUCCUCCCCACCCAUCAAAAUAGGCAAUUCCCGAAUUGACGCUGCUUCCCAGGGAAAAUUGCUACCUACUAUCAUCGACGAGCUGGCUCGCGAUGAACCUAAUGGUCUCUGGAUGGAAUACCCUACCUCCUCAACCAAUCUUGAUGCUGGAUAUAGCCAGAUUACUUAUGCCGAACUUGCAAAUGCUGCAAACGGUGUUGCCAAUUGUAUUACCAGUGCUUUGGGAAGAGACAAUACAGGAGAGUCACUGGCCUGGUUAGCGCCCAAUAGUCCCUUGUGCUCUAUCACGCUUAUUGCGGCCAUGAAAGCUGGCUUCAAGUUGUGUUUGCUAUCAGAAAGAAAUACAGUGGCUCAGAAUCACAAGCUAUUAGAGGACGUCGGAUGUUCUGUCAUAAUCACGACGAAUGCGGCCUUUCCACAAGUUCGAGCCACUUUGCGUGGAAAGCAGAUCUCCGUUAUAGAGCUGCCUCUAUUUGAGCAGCUCCUACAUGAGCACCAAAGAAGAUAUGAGUAUAACAAGGAACUGAAGUUCCUGUAUUACGAAACCGCUUUCAUCAUCCACAACCCGUGUUCCACAGGAUUGCCGAAGCCCAUGUUAUUAUCUCACAGCUUUAUCGCAAAUGUAGCACGUAGUAUCGGGCUCUCUGCCCCGGAGGGCUAUGAAACUCAGAGCUCCAUGCUUGGGAACAAUAGAUGCCUUUUGCUUUGUCCCCUGAGUGACCCGGCUGGCGUACACUUCAGUGUUUUGAAUGCUAUUUUUAAUAACACAGCAGUCAUCCUGCCACUCCCUGAGUUGCCCCAAACGGGCCGAAGUUUGACCCAGACGCUCCGAUAUAUUGACGCAGAUUGGGCAGCUCUAACCCCAUCAACCUUAGAAGCCAUGUCGAAUGAUCUGUCAUCGCUAGAGGCAGCUGCGAGUCGUCUCGAAUGCCUUGUAUUUGCAGGAGGUUGUCUUGCUAAAAGAUAUGGCGACUUGAUCGCUUCCAAGAUUAAGCUUAUGCCCUCGCCACAUUCACCUGAAACGGGGCAGCUCCCCACGGUAUAUCGACAUGAACAUGAUUUCAGAUACGAUUGGAACUACUUUCGGUUCCACCCUGCUGUGGGUGCAAGAUUUAUCCCGAUGGGUGCGGGCGUAUAUGAACUUGUGUUCAACAGAACACCUGCCACCGAACUGUAUUUGCCGAUUUUGGCCAACUCAUACGAGUUUCUGGCACAAGAUUUAUACGCCAAGCACCCAACUAUACCAGAUACAUGGACCCAUGCACCACAAGUGAUACCUUUAAUUCAUGGAGAAAAGGCAGAGCCUAUCGAAUUCAACAGAAAUCGACUGCAAUUCUCAGCUUCCUGAAUCACUACAAGUCGGGAGCCCCUUGCAUGGCUCGAAAUCUACUCGUAUCUCUGUAAUCCAGAAUUUGAAGGAGUUUGACAUUGCUCCUCCACCUGCACGAUGUUUAGACAAGAGCUAUCCACAACCAUCACAGAAAAGAUAAGACCGCAAGAAUUCAUUCAGCUGACCUGACCUCGGCCUUCAUCGCAACUUGUCCGCUAGGAGCAAGAAUUUGCACUGCUCCUACACCAGAUCCCUCCUCACCGAGCACAAUCUGGUACUUGUCCUCUGCGUAUAACGGGCUCGUCGCCCGGUAUGUAAUGCUCUCUGGGAGCAUCGAAGCAGGAUCGCCCUUAUUUGGCCGUGUAUCUCUCCAGAGAUCCAAGAUCGAGAUCAAAUUAAGCGGGCCGUGGACGACGAUGUCCCUAUGCCCCUCCAUCUGCUGGGCCCAUGGGGUCGAAUAAUGGAUCUUGUGGGGGUUAAAAGUCAACGCCGAAAACCGGAAAAGAGUAACGGCUGUCUGUCUCAAGGUUCGGGUGUGAGUCUUAGCCGUUGAGAUAGUUGACGAGGAGGCUGGUGCCGAAGGUAAUGGUGCCGGGUCACUUGUUGUAGAUGAUACAGCUGGCAUAGCUAGUGCUUUACGGAAGACCCAGUUCCUGGUAGAAUAUUAACAUUCAACGACCA